AUAUUUAAAAUCGACUUUCAGUUCGACAGAAAUUCGGCGUUUGAUAUUGAUUAAAAGACAAAAAGACGAUUCUUCGCUACGACGGAUCUCCUGCCAGGCUGCUUCAGGGGAUGCUAGGACUGGAGCUCCGCCCAAGCUGUCGUUCCCUGCUGCGAUCCCGGCCAGCCAACUACUUCACUUGGUUCCUCCUGGCCAGCUAACUAGCUAUCUGGCCUCUCAGGAACCUCCCUCCCUCCCGCCGCAAUCAAGCUGCGGAUAAUUAAGAGUGCAGGUUAUAUAUCAAUCUCUCGGUAAGCGCCAGGCCUAUCGGUUACAUGUGCAGCUCGACCUCGACCGGCGGAUAAUUCAUUGCGUAGACGGAGUCGCUGCCAACUAAACCAGUCCACGCUCGCCGAUUCAUCUCGUCGAUCGCCUGUUCGGUUAUACGGCCCGGGAUAGCUCUACAUAUACUUGGGUGUGGGAUAGAGCUGGAUCUGGAGCUGGAGCUGGAGCUGAGGAUUGUCUACUUUGUUACAAGGGGACAGAGAGGAGAGCCGCAGCCAUGCCGUCCAUGUGGCUGACAGAUACCCAGAAGGUUGGGGUGGUGUUCUGCUCUGGCGGUAGGUGAGAGAGCUUUGCAUUGACUCCCAAGUAUACGCUGAAGGCCGUUGGGACCUGACAUGGGCAUGCAAUCACAGGCAGUCUAUUCCUCUUCCUGGGGAUUCUCAUGUUCUUUGAUCGAUCACUACUUGCUAUGGGAAAUAUCCUCUUCUUGAUCGGCCUACCUCUCAUACUCGGACCGCAAAAGACGCUCGCCUUCUUCGCGCGCCGACAGAAGCUCACGGGAACAGUCACGUUCGCCCUGGGCAUCUUUCUUAUCCUCUUCCGCUGGCCUCUGGUAGGCUUCUGUGUCGAGCUAUACGGCCUCUUUGUCCUGUUCGGUGAUUUCCUGGUCACUCUCGGCGGGUUCGUGGGCAGCAUACCGGUGGUAGGGCCGUAUCUGAGACAGGCACUGGUCUGGCUGGGUACCAUGGGAGGGAGAAGGCCAAACCAGGACCUACCAGUAUAA